CCGGUUAUCGCAUUUCUCUACUCACGAGCUGUAACGCUGACAGCUCGUGAGGAGAGGAGAGCCGGUAAUCGGCAUCCCUCAGAGGGGACAUGUACACUGAUCAUCAGGGCACUGAUGAUCUGUGUAGCCCCAGCUGUCAGUGCUCAUCCAUGCCACCUGCCAGUGCCCAUCAGUGCCACAUCAAUGCCACAUAUCAGUGCCCAUCUGAACUGCCUUUCGGUGUCACCCAUCAGUGCCACCUAUCAGUGCCCGUCAGUGCCACCUAUCGGUGCCAUAUAUCAGUGCUGCCUUUCAGUGCCUAUCAGUGAUGCCUGUCAAUGCCCAUCAGUGCCGCCUAUCAGUGCCCAUCAC